AUGACAAACAUUUCUGUUCAAGGCAAUGGGGAAUGCUCAUACUCUGUGGAAGUUCUGAAUUACUAUAAGAUUGGCUAUGUCUUCCAAAGGGACAGUCUCAACGAAAACGCUUUCCUGGGACCAGUGCCAGGUUUAAACUAUGUCUCGUUGUCUGUCUCGAACUCUCUCCUCACGAAUGAUACGUCCAUGAUGCCCACUAUUCUUUUCCGUCCGAUCACAAGAAAUGGCAGUUUGGGGAACGCAACAUUGGUGGCAACAUCAGCAAAGAGUUCAACUUGCGCUUACAGCUACUUCACGGAACUGAAUUGCACGCCGGACAUCUUCGGCUACCAGGCUCAGAUCCAGACUUUCUCACCACGUUCUUUGAAACGGCAGCAGCAAGUAACGAUGGUGUGCCUUCAACUCGAUUCUUGCAAGAAUGACGGGCAACUUGUCGAUGGAGCGUGUGUAUGUAAUGGCUGGGAAGGUGCAGACUGUGGAUUACCUAUCUGCUCAAAUGGCGGUACUAGAGAAGGGGGUGUAUGCAUCUGCUCUCCGAACACUUUCGGAGUGUUCUGCGAGCAAAAGCAGCCGCUUCACUUCGCGUUCAUUCUGGAUUCUGUUGGCAUAGAUGACACAGCUUACAAUUCAUCAGUUGUGAGUUGA